CGCUUAAUCCCACAGCUAAUUUAACUUCCAAAUUUAAUCGAAUAUUAGAAUUAGCUAAUAAGUAUAAACCAGUCAGCAUGCAUAUUUUUAAUGACGUAACACUUAAUAAUAUCGUUGUAAGGUCACCUAUUAAAAAGCGGAAAUAUAAUAACAAAUUUUUAAAAGCAGUUAAACCAUUAAAUCCGACAAUAGAAUUUUUCAGAAGUUUUUAUCAACAUGCUCUGGAGCCACAAAAAAGAAAUAUAAAUCCUAUAAUGUUACUUGGAGAAGUAAUACAUAAUAGUGAAUAUGAGUGUGGAUUAGGUGAUGAAAGUGAUAAUAACGAUUACGAUAAUGAUAAAGAUCUUGCAGUUUCAAAUCAUAAGAACUAG